AUGGUUGUCUUGUCCAAACCAGCUGUUAUUGAACACUUAUCUCUAGUUAACAACACAUUAUUCCAUGGUGUACCAUUGAUAGACCUCUCGAAGCCCAACGUAAACAGCCUUCUUGUCAAGGCUUGCCCAGAAUUUGGUUUCUUUAAGGUCAUCAAUCAUAGUGUCCCAAUUGAAUCCAUAACCAAAUUAGAAUCUCUAGCUAUUCAAUUCUUCUCUUCACCUCUCCCUGAAAAAGAAAAAGCAGGUCCUCCUGACCCUUUUGGCUAUGGCAACAAAAAAAUUGGGUCCAAUGGAUAUGUUGGUUGGUUUGAGUACAUUUUCUUAACAACCAAUACAGAUUUCAACAACCAAAAAUUUGCAUCAAUUUCCGGCGAAUCCCAAGAGACUUUUCAUUGUACCAUGAAUGACUAUGUGUCAUUUGUUAAGAAAAUGGCUUGUGAGAUUCUCGAAAUGUUGGCUGAAGGGCUGAAGAUUCAACCAAGAAAUACAUUCAAUAAGCUUGUUAUGAAUGAAGAGAGUGACUCUGUUUUCAGGCUUAAUCAUUACCCUCCAUGCCUUGACGAUCAGUUUAAGGGUGGAAAUUUGAUUGGUUUUGGCGAACACACUGAUCCACAAAUCAUAUCUGUUUUGAGAUCUAACAACACUUUUGGUCUUCAAAUCUUAUUGAAAGAUGGCAAUUGGGUUUCAAUCCCUCCUGAUCAAACUUCAUUCUUCAUUAAUGUUGGCGACUCAUUACAGGUUAUGACCAAUGGGAUGUUUAAGAGUGUAAGGCAUAGAGUUGUAGCCAACAAAUCAAAAUCCAGACUUUCAAUGAUUUAUUUUGGAGGACCACCUUUGUGCAAAAAGAUAGCUCCAUUACCGUCACUGAUGAAAGGAGAAGACAGUUUAUACCAAGAGUUCACGUGGUUAGAGUACAAAAAAUCAGCUUACAGGUCGAGACUCGCUGAAAAUAGAUUGGGUGAGUUCGAGAAAAUUGCAGCCUCCUAG